AUGAGCCAUCGAUCGAGCAAGACCGCCAUCAAUCUAGCAUCACGAGCGCACCGACGUCAGGCUCCCGAGGUCCGCCGUCCACCGCCUUCCAUCGCCGUCAACCGCCUACAACGUCCCAAAGCAUUCUUGAAGACGAGCAGACCGAUGAAAUAG